UGCUUCCGGUUAAUUGCACACCGGCCAUUUCGAUCUGCAAAAUGAUUCAAGUUUUAUUUACAGUCGUGUUUGCCGAAAUGGUAUUGAUUCUGAGUCUUCUGUUUAGAAGCCCUUUGAGGCAGUUGGUGCUCAUGGGAUUGGAUCGUUCGAAGCAGGGACGAGGGCCGUUGGUGGCGAAGAGUGUGGGAGGAACCAUUCUCGUCUUCUUUAGCUCCACCAUAUACAGUGUGUUCAAUGUUCAUAAGAAACGCUCAUCAACAGAUGCAGGCUUUGUUAAUCCAACUGACGAGGUUCUUAUGGCACACUGCUUAUUAGAAGCAUCUCUUAUAGGGUUUGCCUUAUUCUUGGCACUUAUGAUAGAUAGGCUGCACUACUAUAUCAAAGAGCUCUAUCGACUUAGAAAAUACAGGCAAGACGAACUGAAAAUGGAAUGCGACGAGCAAAGCCGGAUCAGGAAAACCAGCAGGGACGGUACUGCACCAGUGAUAAAAAAGACAUGAAGUUCGUCGGAAUAUAUGGUACUAUAUUAAGUACAUGUCAGAUGUAAAUGUAGG